AACAGCAAUGUAUUUACGCUUAAUCAUAACGUGGGAGAAUGGUGACGCCAAGGGCUCCGAACGGGUAUCGGUGGAGUCACUCAAAACGCGUAGCUCUGAUCUGGGUCACCUCCGCCUGCAUCUUCUACGCUCUGUUCCAAAUGGCCGUCCGCAACUCCUCCCAUGACCAAACCCCAACUUCUUCUUCGUCUUCAGGUUCUGCAAUUACUAAUGGGGAUCUAAGGUCGAAAUUGUAUGAUAAGAUGGAGAGGGAUUUAGAUGAGAAUGGGGCGGCUUUUCUUAAACAGGGUGAAACAUCUCAGUCGUUGUCGCUUUCGGAUAUUUUCACUUUGAAGGAUGGAUCUGUAACACCUGUACUUAAAGCAGCAAACCCUCCUGUACGAGCUAAUGUUUUGCAUCUCAGCACAGCAUACUCGGUGCACAUCUCGGAGGCUGUAAAACAUAUAUUUAAUCCAUACUUUGAUAAAGCAAUCUGGUUUCAGAACUCCAGUUUGUACCAUUUUAGCAUGUUUCAUGCCUCACAUCAUAUUGCACCUGUUCCUGCUAACGAAGCUGAGAUAGAAGCCGAAGCAAGCGCUGUUCAUGCAGUUGCAGAUGUUCUUUGCCCUUUAAAAAUUGUUUUAGACAGGGUGGUUUUGACUUCAACUGGAGUGCUUCUGGGAUGUUGGCAGGUAAUUUCUGGGACAGAUCCCAUAGCCAUUCGUGCCAAGCUGAGGACUGCAUUGCCACAUGCGCCACAAAAGCAACUUUAUGAUGCUGCUAUUCUUCACACAUCAUUUGCAAGGCUUCUAGGACACCCUACAGCAUCGUCAAUGGAGAUGCAUAAAACUUCAGGCGAAGUUCAAUUUUUCCAUGAUCUAGUUGCUCGCCUAAACAAUAAAAUCCGAGGAUUUGAGGCAGUGGUAUCCGAGCUCUGGUAUGUAGAGGAAUAUGAUGUGCUGGCUCUUGCAUUGGAUGGAAGAAUGAAGGUUCGCAGGUUUCAACUUGGCUGCUCAUGAAUCCAAGAUAUUCCAAAGAUGAUAAAGAUAACAAAAAAAAACAUAUUUCAUAGGCUUAUUGGAUCUCUCUCAUUUUGGACAUGUCUAUGUAAAUAUACAAAUUUAGUCAUUGAUGGUCGUAAUAUCAGUCAAUCUCCCCA